GAGUUCAUCGGCGACGCCAUACUUUCUGUCUUUGGCGCCCCGCUGCGGAAUCCGCAGCAUGCCGAGGCUUGUGUGAAGGCAACCAUGAAGAUGUUGAAGUCCUUGGAUCGAAUCAAUGCUUGGGCCAAGCAUCGAGAACUGCCUCAUAUUGGCAUCCGCUGCGGCGUGCACACCGGGGAGGUGCUCGUGGGCAACAUGGGCUUCCACUCUCGUAUCAAGUAUGGUACGAUGGGCGAAAACGCUAGCAUUCCGUCAAAGCUAGAGGAGCUCAACAAGACGUAUAGCACCACGAACCUCGUGUCGGAGGACACUUGGAUGAACCUCCCCCCUGACGCCUUCAUCAUGAGGCCCUUGGAUUACAUCUACCUCAGGAGCACAGAUCCAGAGCCGUCAAUCGUCUACAACAUCCUAGCGGCUGCGGACGACAAGUCUACGAAAGCCGACAGGCUGGAGAAGAUGGCGCGCGUCUAUGCAGAUGGCCUGGCGAACUAUCGGAGUCAGAACUUCAAGAAGGCAGGCGAGCUCUUCUCCAAGUACAUAAAGUCGAUGAAAGGCAAGUCCGGCAAAGAGGACGCCGCGGCCAAACUGCUGCUAAAUCGCUGCAAGUUCUACCAAGAAAACCCUCCACCGCGAGAUUGGGAUGGGGUUUGGGACCAGGCAACCGAGCCAUCAUAG